GAUUUCGACGCCCGAAGUGAUAAAAAGCUUCUCUAAAAUCCGGUUCUCGAUUUUACAUCCACUUUGCCGACGAGUUAGUAUCGCUAAUUUGUUUUUUUGCACCGAGCGAGGAUGUGUCGCGCGAGUUCGCGAGGGAAAUGUCUCGGGUGCAUCUCUCGCGCGAAGACCCUCGUAAAGAACGGAGGGCCGGUCCUCUCCCGGCCGAUCUUCUCCUUCUCUGUCGGCCAUGUAUGUGUGUGUGUGUGUGUAUGCGUAUGUACGUACAAAGCGGGCACGAGCAUUUAUUAAUAGAGAUUAGAGUCCGCGUCGUGUGGUGCCGUGUGCAAACGCCCUCCCGCGCGAGAGCGAAAACGAGUGCACGGAGAAAGAGAGCGGCUGUGACUCAGAAGCCCAUCGCGAAAAAAAAAUAAUCCCGUCCGGAUUUUGCACGGAGUCGCAAAGGGCGAGAAAAACGUUCGUCGAUCGCUCGAGUAAAUCUCGCUCGGCCAACAAUCGCGUCGUUGGCGCGACUCAACCGGCGCGAGAGGAUCGCCUGCCGAUCGGGUUUUGACGUUGGUCUUCUCGGACUUGCAGUGUUUUUUCACGGAGGCGUGUGCAUUCGGAGGAAAGUGUCGGAUUUUUUACGGGUCACGUCGACGGUUAAUCGACCGGAUAAGUGUGACCGGAAACAGGGCGCGCAGAAGGGUGUUCUUCUGUGGAUAAUUGCGAAUCACGCGCGAGUGACGUUUCACGAGGAUCUCUUGAGUUAUUGCGUUUUGCGAGGCGAUCUCGUGGUUCAGUUGGUGCGCGAAGGCGACAAUUUAUUAUUUGCGACGGGAAUCGUCUUUCAAACGCUUCUCUCUGCAUCUCCCUUCUCGUAGAGAAUUGUGUUGUUGUUGUUGUUAAACACACGUCAAGGUUUGCAAACCGGUCGAGCAAACACGGUCGAGUGCACUGAAACUCAUCAAGUUAAUGAGAAAUUACUGACCGAUCAAUUGUGAAUGGGUUUAUCAAACUCUCUUUCUCUCUCUUGCAAUUAGUUCAAGUUCAGUUACAUUUGAAAUUGCCAAUCUCCGCUCGAUUCGUCGAACAUUCUACACACAUACGCGCUUGUGUUAAAUUGCAAUGUGACGAAACAUGCGUCCGUAUUUUGCUAAUUGACUAUUUGCAGCUAACAAUGUACAAAAUGUAUUUGAAUUAUUAAAAAGAAAUGGACCUUCGCGAGAGAGAAAGACCUAGAGAUAAAUGCAGCGCACUGAUAUUACCGACCAUAUUAAAAUCUCAUAUAAAUACUUUUCACUACUUGUAACAAUUUUUAACAACCUUAUAAUGCUAGAACAAGCAGUUUUAACUCACACAUUGUUUAACAAUCUAACUAAUCUAUUCUGCGAUAGUCUGCUAUCACGAUCUCUCAUUUCUACACAUUUAUGAGCAGUUUCUUGCUUCGACCACAAUAUUUGAGGGCGUGAGCGUACAGCAACAGAUCUUACAAGCUUACGCAAGCUUCCCCGCUAUGCAGCCGCGACAGCUGUGUGGCUAAUUAUCCGAAACGUUUGAUAACAUCUCGUCGACGCGCCUCUGACACAGUUCAGAUUAAUUGCCAGCUCCGAGAGAGAAGCUGCAGCUUAUUCUUGCGCUUAACUCGAACAAUCGUCCCUUUUGAUGGAACAUGAAUGUUUUACAUGUGCUCGGAUCGGACAAAGGAAUGUGCGGAACGAGUGUAAAUAAUAACGUAACGAGAGAAAACGAUCCAAGAUCGAAAUAACAAACGUAACAUAUAUAAUACGUGUUUUUCGCGUGAAACAUUUAUUAUUGUUGCAGCGCGUCAGAACGCGCCAGAAAGUUUCUAAGUACGGAUUGCACUUUUGUGUGUGUGUUAGUUACGUGUGGUGCAUCAUUAUUUCGCGAAACUGUGCGCGAUAACGAGGCGUCGCUAUCACUGAGUUAUCGCGAAUUCUAUAUCGGUGUCGCGUUACCCAUUGCCGUCGGAAACAAAGAUCAUCAGUUUAGUCUCGCGCGUCCGCGCGGUAACCGCUGUAUUAUGAUAUAGCGGACGCCAGAGUGCGAAAAAAAAUCUGACGUACCUCGUCGACGAAUGAUGUUAGUGCUGCUGCUUUGCAUCAUCAUGAAGAUAGCAGAGUUCUCCGUGGGCCGGACGAGUCCGCCGCCGCUGACGACGGUGUCGGCGCGACCGCCGCCUUCCUCUUGCAACAGGCGGUGGUGUGGGAGGUGCAGGCGGUAUAGAAGCCCCUCGCCCAAGUGCAGGCAUUGUCGUCGGCAACAAUCCUACGGCGAAAAGCGUAUUUUGCGAAAACUUGUAGGAGACAGCACAGCAGUGAUGGAAGAGCCACAAACUCCUGGAUCCGACUGCAAUUCGAAUCCGGCCACUGAUUCAAUCCAGCAGGAUCUAGUUGGUUCGGAAUUUGUUCAGGACAAUGCGGAGUAUCAAUGGUUUAUUGAUUAUGAGUAUAGAGAUGGAAGACUGCACAUCCAUCCCAGUGUCCUCUCAUCGCUAUCCGCGUCCUAUUCUCCCAGAGACGUGGGCUAUUACGAUGAUCUUUCCAGAAAUUUGGACGCUAAUCUGGCCGAGAUUGACAUGGAGAGUUUUCGCACGGCGGACAUUCACACUCUGCUCACGGCUCUGCCCGUCAUGUGCACAGAACCAGUACAACAUUCUGAAUUUAACUGUCAAAGGGAACAGUAUGCUAGUAUAUCCGGAUCUGUCAUGGAAAAGCUUGACAUCGGUUCAUCCAUCAGCCCUCAUACCAGUAGCCAGGGAGAAGAUUCUGCGUGCUCCACCACCGAUACGAUAUCCAUUUGCAAGUCUUCGUUGUUGUUUUCUCCCGUGAAAGAAACGCCGAUGUUACCUCCGGGUGGCAGCUACAGUGUGGAUUCCCUCGACUGCGAGGACAUGUUACUCACCUGCCAGACAAAUAACAAGAAUAAUUACACCAUCGCUUUCGAGGGCAGUCUUACCAUGUAUUCGGACGGCUCUCAGGAUUUCGAGAAUCAAGAUAAACAAAAGACGUACGAAUCACCGGAUAUUUUCAAGAACAAGCAGAAGGACAUAAAAACCAUGUUAGAUUCAUCGAUGGCGUGCUCUGACUCGAAGAUUUACACAACAUGGAGUAAUUUGAAACAUUCCUCUAUGAACAAGGUGAUAACGCGGCAUCCCUCCGGCAAUAACAACACACUACCGGAUAUCACGCAAAGCGCUGCAAAUAUGACACUCGGCGUUAUGACCAAACGAAGCCAGAGCUUGCCGGAUCUCUCGCGCGUUCGAGAAUUCCAACACACCAAUAUACCUCUUAAUUUUAGUGUCGAUUCCGCCGAAUCGAGCAACCACAUGCAGAGAUUGCAGAGUUCCGGGUCCGCGAUGAGUCGUUCGACGAACGCGGAAAGUUCGGACAACGGGGAAACCGCUAGUACCAAGAAAUUGCAAAAUCUGAGCCUCGUCAGGAGGUUCAUGAAGCAGAAGAGCAUGAGCGUCGAGGGAAUGAGUCUCACGUUGGAUCAAUCGGAUUCCGUCAGCGACAACAGUAACUGGCCGAUUAGCAACAGCGGCAGUGACAGCGCGACAAACACAAAUACUCAGAUACAACGGCAAGGAGGCGAUCAGGACAACACCUGCGAUCGUCGCGUGCCCGAAAAUGACUUUUCCAUCAAUUGGAUCAAACACGAUGUUGCAAACAAACGCGACGCGGAAAAAGAGAUUCCAAACGUGAAGUGCAUGUCACGUAGCAAGAAUGAAAAUAAAUUCGAAAUAACGUCGUCGACAUCGGUGGAGCAGCUGUCCGAGUCGAAUUGCACAAGCGGCGAACGGAGCUUCGACAUAAUCAACAGUUCUUUCGACCAUCAACAGAAAAGCGGUUGGGCGGACUUGGUCGAGAAGAGGCAUCCGAUCAGUCGAACAAUGGGAAUACAAGCGACCGCGGAGAUGGAAAAUAACGCGGCUCAGACCUCCUUGAUUUUCCCUCCGCCUGAGGAAAAACACGGACCGCCGUUCUAUCACGGAACGACGCUUCAUAAAAAACCCGUUUACGUCGUGUAUCCCAAUUACACGUUGCCCGAUCUGUCGUUUCUCAAGAUCAACGACACCAAAACAACCAACGAUAACAUCGAACUAAAGCCGCACCCUUUCCGCCAUCCUUUCGACAAGAACAAAGCGGAAUGGAGACGCGCCGCCCGCACGGGUAGACCGUUCUCGUGCAACGACAUCGACGCUUUGCGACAACGCGGAUUCGCACACGUGAAGGAUUGGGAAUCGUUAACGUUUCUCCUUCCGAACGAAUACAAGAGGAUUUUGUACGACGUACCGGAAGUGUCGAGGUAUAUCAAUCCCAACGAAGAAAUACAACGACCGUUAUUCUGUCUGUCGCCUCCUAGGCGUCACAAGAAUCGGCAUUUCGGCGAGAAUGCUAGUUCGUCAACGAGCAGCACCGCAACGCAACCGUCCUCCGGAUAUCGAGGCUCGUCGACGAUACUGACCGAUUCCUCGACGAAUCAACAGCCGAACACCACGGUCAAUCCGUUGUAUUUGUAUCGUUACGACAGUAUUAGUUCGGAAGCUAGUCUAAUGAACAACAGGCACGGUCAAGCGAGGCAAGCCUGUCCGAAUCUCCCGAAACGAUCCGUGUCGUUGCCGCAGGGCGAUGACGAGCCCGACUACAACAACGGAGUACCGCCGCGACCCCCGUUGCCGAGAAGUAUUUUGAGGAAGAACAAGGUCCUCGCGACUAAACGAUACAGCAUGUUCGAGAUGGGAGACGUGGGCGAACAGUCGGAGGAGCAGCCCACGGAAGCGAACAAGAGAAUGUCCUUGCAAGAACCGUAUUACAUGAACAACGAUCUGCAGUUGCUGUACCGCGGAAGGACGAUCGAUUCGGAGAAGGACGUCGACGAGACGGAAGCGGACAGGUAUCUCAAAGAAAAAGAAAUCUCAAACAACUCGAACGCGGAACCGGAAAUUUCUCAGCACAGCGACGACGAGAUUAAGCAAUUGGAAGAGUAUUUGAAACGUAGCGCUAUCUCGUCGCAAAGCAGCGACGGAGAUAUGGAGAAUCCCGAGGUAAAAGUGAGAUCGUACGUGAGGAAAUUCCUGGCUUUGAAGAUGAACAAGGACCCGCUGGUCAGGAAUAUUGAUAUGGGAGAAUCGCAGAAGAAAACCGUCAGUUUUGCCGUGCACCAAAGAAACAAACAUCUGAACGUCAAGAAUAAUCUCAAUCUCGUAAACGAGCAAAGCCAGGAUCAAAUAGUCGAGGACAGAUCGUUAGAGUUGGAGGAGAAGAAAAAAAUGAUAUCGUCCGUAAACAAAGCGGUUGAUCUUUUACUCAAGUACUGGAACGCCGAGUCAAAUCACAGCCGUUUGAAUUACAACGAGAAAAAUGAAUGCGCGCAAAUCUGUUUGAGUAACUUGUGUCCGGCUUUGUACGCGAUAAUGUCCGACGGCCUGAAACCCCAUUUGAACUCGACCUUCGGACCGAUUAGCAAUAGCGUUUGGCAGGUGGUCGAAGCCAGUUCGCAGCAAGGACCUCUCACGAAAACAUUGAACGAACUGGUGCAGCGAAUCAACGGCGAAGACGUUAUCACGGAGGGAAUGUUGAAGUUUCACGCUUUUGUAUUUGGUUUAUUAAAUCUAAGAGCUUUAGACGCGUGGUUCGCGUACCUGUGCACGCGCGAAUCUAUUCUACGAAAGCACUACAAUACCAAUAGUUUAUUCGUCGCAGCCUUAGCCAACACCAACGUUCGCGAAAUUGUCGACUCGUUAUUGUACAUUUUAAAUCCUCUCGCGUUCUGUCCGUUCCAACUGGAUCUUCUCUAUCAAUAUCGACAGUUGCAGAAUAGUUUCGGAAAUAUGAAUAAUCACACCGUUAAUGCUAUGAGCUUUAGAAACGCCGAUUUGACUCUUAAGGACUUGGAGGGUGAGAAACCGGAACCUUGCGGAAUGGUUACGAGUACUCCGAAGAAGGCGCGCCCGAGAUCCUGCAUCGCCUACAACGUGGACGAGAAAUGCGCGCACAAAGGCGACAUGCAAAGCGCAAGGAAACGUUUCAGUGCCAUAAGCGCGAAGGCGUUCUACGCGUUGGACAAACUGGCAUCCGAGGAUUCCGAGGAUUACACGGACAGUUUGGAACAUUCCCCGUUAAACAGGAGGGCGGUCAAGCACCAGAAGUAUUCGAGUCCCGAGUCCAAGCCGACGAACGACAACGACGGUCUGUCCGGCGAGACGAAAUUCAGAAAACUCCAGGAAAAGUGGGAGUUGAUGAUCGGUAAAGAGGGCGGCAAGAUUCAACAGCCCGCCGCGACUUCACCCACGUCGCCGGUUCGUACGUUUGGCGCGUUGGGAAAAUCGAAGAUACCUCGACUGCUCACGUCGCCGGUGAAACAGUCCAAUAACGCGGCGACCAAGCAGAUCAAGUCGCCCGUGUCGGGAAUCCCGUCGUUAAAGAAACCCACGGCGCUGCCUCUAACGAAGGUGACACCGAAAAAGCCCGUGGACUCGAAAGCGAAAGAUGUGACGCGUCGCACCAGCCGCGUUGAUCAGGACCCUCUAGGCGGGACGCGAGUUCACACCGCGCGCCCGAGUUCCUUACCAUACAAGUCGCACGGGAUAACGUCCAAUGAUAAGAAUCUCGUCUCACCGCACAGGCGAGCCGCCUCGACUUCUCUUCCACGUCCAAACACAACUACCGUUUCGAGAACUCCGGUCUCGAAACCUCCGCACAAAUCCGUAAAUAACGGCUCGCGCGUCUCGAUUGCAGAGAGGUCCGUACCGUCACUCACAGGAUACCGUCGGACACCGGUCAUCUCUCGUUUGCCGAGGGCGAGAAACUCAAAGUAAUAUUAGAGGUCGAUAACAAGUGGUUGUUGUGUGCAAAAGGUGACCGGAGAGGUUUGGUGCCGCGAGCGUGCGUGCAAACCUAGCCCCACUUCCCGAUAACACCUUCACGAUCGUAAACGACGCACGCAGCAACAGCAGCAGCAGCAGCAGCAGCAGCAAAUGAAAUUUUAUCCUCGAGUUGUAGAGCGGAAGUUGCGAGGACGGAAGCCGAAAAGUUCAAAUUACAUAAUCUCGCGGGACGAUAACAAACAAUGUUGUACAGUGUAUUUAAAUAAUUUUUAAGCCGCGUACACGAAUAUACUAAUAUCACACGCAUUAUCACACAAGCGCUUGACGACGUUACUUUUAGCUCGCGAAACGCGGACGCGCCGCGAGCGGCGAACGCGGAUUAUUUCGACCCGGAAGAGAGAUUUCCAUUAUUUAUGUUUGUAUUAUAGUUUCGGGGAAGAGAUUCUCUGUGUAUACAGAAAUUAUAACACACAUACAUACACACGCGCGCGCGUAUGCACGCGUACACAUCGCAAAACGUACACGUUUGAAUGAGGGAGAGAGAGAACAGCCGGGUCAAAAUCAAUUCUGCGAUUCUGCGUUGCGAGAGUUAAUCGAAAUCCAAUUUUACGUUUCGUUUUCGUCACACGUUGUUCGUAAUUAUCGAAAAUUUAUUUUUAGUUUCGUCGCGACAGUAGUAUUACCGCUAGUGACACGCCAUUGAGAUACAUUAGAGUUUAAUCACCUAGUCACGUAGGCGAUACGUUUAUAGUUUGAUAAGCUUACCGUGUGUUUUGUCUCUUUUUUUUAUUUUUAUUUAUAAAUAACGAGAUGAUGUGCGAACGCGCGCGACGACGGCGUCGCGACGAGUUGUUCUCUCGACGAGUUACACAAUUUAUUGAGUAUGUAACUGUGAUCUUAGCGAAUAAUUUUGAUCGAGUUUUAGUAGAACACACACAUAUACACACACACGCGCGCGAUGUAUAAUUCGUUAUCUAAAAUGUUUUAUAUGUAUGUACGUACUGACUUGGUAAUUUAUUGUCUAAUUUCGUUUUCUUACGUUUACAUAUCUCUCGCGCAGGAACGACGCUCCUCCGACGAUUUAAUUUUUCUUCUUCUUUUCGAUAUAUGUAGGAGCCAUCAUCACGGUGUGCACCUUUGCGAUGGCAAUGACACAUUUUUUACAUGCUUUAUGUAUCUCCCGAUAUACAUAUAUAUAGAGAUAUGUUAAGAUCUACGAUAUAUAUAUAUAUAAUCAAAUAAAGUUUGUUGUGCAUUACGUGGCGGUGAUGU